AUGGGGACGUCUCCUCGAUUGUUCCGACGAUGCGAUGAUGUGCGUGACCGUUUGCUGAAGGCGGCCAGGGCGUUCGUCGAGAGCAGCCCCGAUGGGAUUCCGUUCGACCGCCCCGAGCAGCCGCUGGACCUCGAAGCCCCGCAGCGCCAGAUAAAGAGCGGCAAGAUCCAGAAGCCGCACCUGGACGAGAUGGAGGCGUGGGUGAAGGAGUACCUGAAGAAGGUGCCCGGCCCCUCCGUCAUCACCACCGGCGAGCACAAGAAGAUGGCCAACGACAUUCGCGCCAAGCUCGACGAGAUGAGCAAGAAGUACGACGCGGCCCCGAGGCGCAACGUGCUGGUGGGCCCGAAGACGGCGCACGACUCGGAGGCGUUCUGGCACGACUGUCAGCCCGACUCGUGCCUUCUCGUCGAGGACCGCAACGCCGUCGUGCUGAUCGUUUGGUCGAACGUCCCGCGCGCCAACGUGGCGGCCACGAAGACGAAGGUCGAGCAGAACUUCAAAUGGGUGCUCGAGGCGCAGACGAAGGAGCUGUACGCGGCCGGGAUCCACAUUGGCAGGGCGCUCGAGCACCGCGGCCACAAGCUCGCCCACGACGAGCGCGUCGCCGCCGCCUAUUUCGUCGACCGCGGCUACUGCGGAGCGUUGGGCACGACGGCCGACUCGGACUCGGACGAUGUGAUCAGGCUCUUCCACGACAACGAACAGGAUGGCCCUGGCGAUCGACUGUGCUACAACUAUUUCCUCUUCAUC